AGCAAUACUUUUUGUGGUUUACCUGGCAUUCUGAAUGGUUCUUCUGCUGUCAUAAGUAGGUGUUCAAAUAUAUGCGUGAUAAAAUGAGGAAAUGGAGGGAAGAAAACUACCGAAACAGUGAACAGAUAGUGGAUGUUGGAGAAGAGUUAAUUAAUGAAUAUGCAUCUAAACUUGGAGAUGACAUUUGGAUAAUAUAUGAACAGGUGAUGAUUGCUGCCCUGGACUGCAGUCGAGAUGAUUUGGCAUUGUUUUGUCUUCAGGAACUAAGGCGGCAGUUUCCUGGGAGCCACAGAGUUAAACGAUUAACUGGAAUGCGAUUUGAAGCUAUGGAAAGGUAUGAUGAUGCUAUCCAGUUAUAUGAUAGAAUUUUACAAGAAGAUUCAACUAACACAGCAGCAAGAAAGCGUAAGAUUGCCAUUCGAAAAGCCCAGGGGAAAAAUCUUGAGGCCAUCCGAGAGCUGAAUGAGUAUCUGGAACAAUUUGUUGGAGACCAAGAAGCUUGGCAUGAACUUGCAGAACUUUACAUCAAUGAACAUGACUAUGCAAAGGCAGCCUUCUGCUUAGAGGAGCUUAUGAUGACUAACCCACACAACCACUUGUACUGUCAGCAAUAUGCUGAAGUUAAAUACACUCAAGGGGGGCUUGAAAACCUUGAGCUAUCAAGAAAGUAUUUUGCGCAAGCACUGAAGCUGAACAACAGAAAUAUGAGAGCUUUGUUUGGACUUUACAUGUCUGCCAGCCAUAUUGCUUCCAAUCCAAAAGCAAGUGCAAAAAUGAAAAAAGAUAAUAUGAAAUAUGCCAGCUGGGCAGCUAACCAAAUAAACAGAGCAUACCAGUUUGCAGGUCGCAGUAAGAAAGAAACUAAAUACUCUUUGAAGGCAGUGGAAGACAUGUUGGAGACCCUGCAAAUCACUCAAUCUUAGGUUGGCAUAGAGAUCUAAUAUUAAAUUUUCCAAUUCCAUGAUCAACCUGUAAUGAUCUAUGGGUUAUGUUACUCUAAUGCUGUUAAAAGUUGAUUUUGUAUUGAUUAACGUGCUAUCUAAAAUAAUGUUUUAUGAAAAGUAAAAUGCCUAUUUAUUGCUGCUAUGAGAAAUGUGAUGAAUACCCACUGAAAUGAGUAACUUAUCCACAAAGACAACAUAAAGAAAUGACAUGUGCUGCACAUCAGUCUUAGAUUUUUGUAUCUACAGUACCUGCUUUUAAGCCAUAAUUUGUAGAAAUAAACUUGUUAAAUGAUU